AUGCAGCCCGAUAUCCCUUACCGUCGUGAGUCUGUACCUCACAAGCAGCGCCCAGAUGAGUGGGUACUCGAGCAAGGUCUCGAAGCAGCCCGUCUCGGCAUCCGCAACCAAAGCAGUAUCCAAGUCAACACGGAAGCACACAGUCUCAAGCCCUCCGACACUUCACAGCUUGUCAGUUCGGGCGACAAUGAUCUUGACGUCCAAGAUGAGCGUGAAGGUUGGAGAGGAUACGUAGAAUGGGAAGAUUACCCUGAGAAGAAAGUCAAAGCUGCACAGCGCUUUAAGCGGUACAAGUUUCCCCCGCCGCCGGAGUUUCAGCUUGAGCCUCUUCCUGCUACGAAUCCUGUCCUGGAAGGAAAUAGGUGGAAGUUAUGGCACAAGGCUAUCGGAGGGGCUUUGACGAAGCUCCCUGAGAUUAGUUGGGAGACUGUUCUCAAGGAAAAACACCCGGAUAUGCUUCACCUUCUCGAAUUCCCUUACAAUGGCGAAGGGCCAAAGAGUCUUCUUACAAAAGACUACAUCAUGCCCAACAACCUCCACUUCGUCCGCAACCACGGCGGUAUCCCAGAUAUUGACCCAUCAGCCUGGGAUCUCCGUCUUGACGGUCUUGUUAACAAUCCCCAGACUCUUACCUUCGCCGAUCUUCAAGACGAAUCCAAAUUCCCACGCAUCACCAAACUCGUCACCUUACAAUGCAGUGGCACACGUCGCUUGGAGCAGAUCAUCGAAUACCCCGGCGAAGGCGACGAAAUGAUCAACGCGCCCUGGGCCGAAGGCGCCAUCGGCACAGCGAAAUGGACAGGCGUGUCCCUCAAAAAGGUAAUCAAGUACUGCGGCGGUCUUAAAGAUGGCGCGAAGCAUCUUGAGCUUUAUGGUGCGGAUACAUACUUCAAGGGUGGGCAGUGUAUGAAUUAUGUUGUUUCGGUGCCGUGGUCAAAAGUCAGGGCUAAUGAGGUUAUUCUUGCUUGGGAGAUGAACGGGGAGCCUUUGCCCAAGAUCCAUGGAGCGCCUGUUCGGGCGGUUGUUAUGGGGUAUAUUGGCGCGAGGAGCUGUAAGUGGCUUUAUAGAGUCAAGGCGAUUGAGACGCCGAGUUUGGCGCCUGUGCAGAGUAGGGAAUAUUUGUACUUUCAGCAGCAGACUGGAAAGCAUAACCAGCUGCCUACAAUGGGCAUCCAAAUUCAGGAGAUGCCGGUUAGUAGCGCCAUCAUGUCACCCUGGAACAAGGAAGUUGUCAUACACGAUGGAGAAAUCGAAGUCACAGGCUGGGCAUAUUCCGGCGGAGGUCGCUGGCCCGAACGUGUCGAAAUUUCAGCAGACGGCGGCUAUGUCUGGUACGCCGUACCCAUCGAAAACCUCUCCCCAAAGCACAAAUUCGCCUGGCGCACCUUCAAGGGCAAAGUCCCUUGCGACCACGAAGGCUGGAUGGAGCUAGUCGUUCGGUGCUGGGACAACAGUCUCAACACGCAGCCUAUGGAAGUACGACAUAGCUGGAAUUGGAGCUUGCAUAUAACAAGCAGUUGUCACCGUGUCAAGGUUUAUAGUGUUAAUGCGAAGAGAGAGGCUACGAGGAAGAGGUUGAUGGAGUUUAAUGAGCAUGGGGAAGGGUUUACGCCUAUUACUAGACCGAGCAGUUUUGUGCCGAUGAGUAUUGAGGAGUAUCAGAGGGUUACUAAGGAUGCGGAGCCUAGGGAUGUUGAUGAGUAG